CCAUUUUGUAAGUUUUAAUCCUUUAUAUCCUUCAUCUUCAAAAAUUUUCAACCUUUUCGGUAAUUUGUUUGUUUAGAAUGGAUAGUAAUUAUUCGGCGAUACCUAAAGGCUCAUAUGUAGAAUUGCAAAUACAAAAUGAACCCCAGGAUUUUAGAUCCCAACAAAGGUUGCUCCUUUCUGAUGAUGGAAACUGGUUAAAUGAUCCCAAGGUUGUUCAUGAUCUUGAUGAUCUUAAUGAUGCUGAUGAUGCUGAUGGUGAUCUUGGUAGUGAGGUUGAUGAUUAUACCCUUGCUUUAAGUAAACCCAAUAAAGGGUCUGGUAUUUCUGGUGCUGUUUUUAACUUAACUACCUCAAUUAUUGGUGCUGGAAUUAUGGCUUUACCUGCUACUAUGAAAGUUCUUGGGAUUGUUUUAGGGGUUGUUUUGAUAAUCUUGAUGGGAAUUUUGUCCGAAAUUAGUGUCGAAAUGUGGGUUAGGUUUGCGGUUUCGUGUAAAGCUAGAUCAUAUGGGGAAGUUGUGCAGGUUGCAAUGGGGAGAACUGCUAGGGUUUUGUCUGAGAUUUGUAUAAUUGUCAACAAUGCAGGUGUUUUGGUAGUGUAUUUGAUUAUUAUGGGUGAUGUUAUGUCAGGUUCGGUUCGUCAUCUUGGGGUUUUCGAUCAAUGGUUGGGACAUGGUUUUUGGGAUCAUAGGAAGUUGUUAAUUUUGGUUGUUAUGGUGGUUUUUCUUUUUCCACUUUGCGCAUUGGAUAGAAUUGAUUCGUUGAGCAUGACUUCAGCUGCUUCAGUUGUUCUUGCUGUUGUCUUUGUUGUGGUUUGCUUUGCUGUUGCAUUUAUUAAGCUUAUUGAAGGGAAGAUUGAGGCUCCAAGGAUGAGCCCAGACUUUGGGUCGAAAAUGGCAAUUUUGGAUUUACUAGUGGUUAUCCCAAUUAUGUCGAAUGCAUAUGUUUGUCAUUUUAAUGUUCAACCUAUAUAUAAUGAGCUUGAAGGGCCAUCUCCUCGAAAGAUGAACAGGGUUGGAAGGAUCACGACUGUUCUUUGUGUUUUGGUCUAUGCCUCAACAGCUGUAUCAGGGUAUCUGCUCUUUGGGAAGGAUACUGAAGCCGAUGUUUUGACCAAUUUUGAUAAGGAUCUUGGGAUUCGUUUUAGCACUGCCUUGAAUUAUAUUGUUCGGGUUGGCUACAUUCUUCAUUUGGUUCUUGUUUUCCCUGUUAUCCAUUUUUCCCUGCGGCAAACUGUGGAUACCUUGGUGUUUGAGGGAUCAGCUCCUCUCACAGAGAGUCGGAAAAGGUCUUUGGCAUUAACAGUAAUAUUGCUAGUGCUUAUUUAUUUUGGAUCUACUAUGAUCCCAAAUAUAUGGACAGCUUUCAAAUUUACAGGAGCAACAACAGCUGUUUCAUUAGGUUUUACAUUCCCAGCUCUUAUUGCAUUGAGGAUAAGUCAACAAGAAGUGGGUUUGAGCUUGAGCAGAGUUAAAAAAUUUUUGUCAUGGUUAAUGUUAAUAUUAGCUGUAAUAGUUAGCAUUGCAGGUAUAAUUGGAAAUAUUUAUACUCUCCAAAGUAAAUCUGAAUGAUUUCCUUCUUAAAGAGUUUUGGGCCUGGUUUCCCAAGGUAUCAUUUUGAUAAUUUUGCUUGAAGUCGUGAUGAAGUUUAAUCUGUUUCUAUGUUGCUCUGCUUUGCUUAAUAGACAA